AUGCCCUUCUUUGACAUCUGCCUGUUGCUUCAUCAUUCCAAAUCACACAACAGGUUGGACGUGGAUCUGUUUCCCAUGGAUGGUUCUUCCUCCAUACGCACAAAGAUUUUACAGGAUCCAGAUGAACCCUAUAUCUCCAUUAUUAAUCAACUAACUGAUGAUGCAGAACACCUGUUUGGCAUUCAGGAGCUGGAUAAUCCUUUUCUUAAACAACUUGUCUUUGAAAAUGCCAGCACCACCUGCCACGAUAUUCUUAAACAUGAGCACAAUGUUUCAAUCCUCAAUAUCAACCCUUCAUUAAAGAGUAAUGAGACAGGUGUAGCAGAGGUCUUUUGGACACAUAAAUUUUUUCCUCAUAUUCGACCAACCCUGACUCUUAAAUUCCAAUUACGACAGCUAACCAUAGACAAUCAACUCCUGGGCAUAUUUGACCUGACUGGGAUUCCUUCUGCUCCCCGUGGGGUGCCACAGAUCGAAGUUACCUUCGAGAUCGACGUGAACAGUAUUCUGCGUGUGACAGCUGAAGACAAGGGUACAGGGAACAAGCAUAAGAUCAUAAUUACCAACGACCAGAAUCGCCUCACCCCUGAAGAGAUCAGGAGGAUGGUCAACAAUGCCAAGAAGUUUGCUGAGGAAUACAAAAAGCUCAAGGAGCACAUCGACAAUAGAAACGAGCUAGAAAGCGACGCCUACUCGCUGAAGAACCAGAUCGGAGACAAAGAAAAGCUGGUGGGCAAACUUUCCUCAGAAAACAAGGAGACCAUGGAGAAAGCCAUGGAGGAGAAGAUUGAAUUGCUGGAAAGCCACCAAGAUGCUAACAUUGAAGACUUUAAAGCUAAAAAGAAGGAACUAGAAGACAUUUUUCAACCAAUUAUCAGCAAACUCUAUGGAAGCACAGGUCCUCCUCCAACUGGUGACGAGGAUACAACAGAAAAAAUGAAUUGUAGAUGCUGAUCUGCUAACGCUGUACAUUGUAAAUAUUGGACUCAGGAACUUUUGCUAGGAGAAAAUUGAGAGAACUUAAUUC